AUUCCAAACUUAUCACAAAAAUAAUUUCAGGUUAAGGAAAGACUACUACUCUCUCUCAAUUACCAACUUAACCAAAUGGCGGAUUGGAUUCACUCGUGGUUGAACAUUGCAUUUCCUCUUAUAAUCAUAUUUCUACAUUUGUUGAUCCUACCAAUAUAUAUUCCAUUCAAGCUUCUAACAUCUUUAAAAAGAUCCAUAACUAGUCAAGAAAACGUGGCUAGAAAAGUAGUUCUCAUUACCGGAGCAGCUCAAGGCAUUGGACAGCAACUUGCUUAUGAGUAUGCUAGAAGAGGAGCUUUUUUGGCCCUAGUUGACAUUAAAGACAAUCUUGAAGAAGUUUUAAGAACAGCUGGUAAAUUAGGAUCCCCAGAUGUUAUAUCUAUUGUUGCAGAUGUUUCUAAGGUAGAAGACUGUAAGAGGUUUAUAGAUGAAGCAGUUCGUCACUUUGGCCGAUUGGAUCAUCUGGUGAACAAUGCUGGGACAGUAGUACUGAGCAACUUUGAGGACAUCAACCAGAUUUCUGAUCACCAAUCGGUUAUGGACGUUAAUUUCUGGGGUACAGUCAACAGCAUCCACUUUGGAAUUCCACACUUGAAAAGAACCAAAGGGAAGAUAGUAGUGAUUUCCUCAAUCUGUGGACGGUACCCUGUUCCAUUAGUGUCCAUCUAUAACGCAAGCAAGGCAGCACUGAUAAGCUUUUGUGAGUCGCUUAGAAUUGAACUUGGUUCAACCAUUGGCAUAACAGUUGUCACACCAGGGCUAAUUCGGACCAAAAUGACACGUGAACAGGACCUAAAAUUGAGGUCAAUAAUGCCAGAAGAGUCAGCUGAGGGAUGUGCGAAGGCCAUAGUGAGAAGUGUGUGCAGAGGAGAGUCGUACUUGAUGGAGCCGAGGUGGUUCUGGUGGCUGUUUCCGGCAAAAAUGAUGUUUCCUGAGCUCCUGGACUGUUGCACCCGUUUUCUUAUCAAAUCAAUUCACCAAAACUCUUCCAAGAAAAUGAAUUGAGAUCACUCAACAAUUGGAGAUAUGCAAAGUUAACUCAAGAUCUCCUCAACUACUGGCCAGGAAUAAGAUUAUUAAUAAUUAAAUUAAUCUAUAUUGUUAUGAAUUAAUAGCUGAAAUAUUAUAAUAUUAUCUAUGUGACAAAUAAGUGUUCAUAUCAUUUUAGGUAUUUAUUAUUAUGUUGUAUGUUGAUUCUACUAUGGAUCUUCUGUUUUAAAAUAUUCAUUUUAUAAAAUGAUUAAAAAUAGUCCUUUAAA